AGAGAGAGGGAGAGAGAAAGAAGAGCAGGAAAGAUCCUGAAAGGAGGAAGAGGUGGCGAAAAAUCAACUACCUUGCUGGAUUUGUCUUUCUCAGCAUAUUGGCGAAGGCUUGGGUUUCUUUCUUAAAGGACUGGUUUUUAGAAGUCCACAUUUGAGCUCUCUCCUUCCUGCUUCCUCCUUGCUGUGGUGGCUGGGAUGCUUCUUCCAUGAUUCUUUGAAUCUAGACUGGGCUGUUCUCUGUAUUAAACCAAUCAAUUACGACCUUCUAUUAACAGUAGUGUGAAGUGAGGGGGGCCUUCUCCCUCCUAUCUCCUCUCUCUGUGAUCCACCUUCCUUUAUAAACCCUGCCCUGCGGCGGCUCUGCCCCUUACCUUCAUGGACGACUCAGAGGUGGAGUCGACCGCCAGCAUCUUGGCCUCUGUGAAGGAACAAGAGGCCCAGUUUGAGAAGCUGACCCGGGCGCUGGAGGAAGAACGGCGCCACGUCUCGGCGCAACUGGAACGCGUCCGGGUCUCACCACAAGAUGCCAACCCACUCAUGGCCAACGGCACCCUCACCCGUCGGCAUCAGAACGGCCGGUUUGUGGGCGAUGCUGACCUUGAGAGACAGAAAUUUUCAGAUUUGAAACUCAACGGACCCCAGGAUCACAGUCACCUUCUGUAUAGCACCAUCCCCAGGAUGCAGGAGCCAGGGCAGAUUGUGGAGACCUACACAGAAGAGGACCCUGAAGGAGCCAUGUCUGUUGUCUCUGUGGAGACCUCGGAUGAUGGGACCACUCGGCGCACAGAGACCACAGUCAAGAAAGUAGUGAAGACUGUGACAACACGGACAGUACAGCCAGUCCCUAUGGGACCAGACGGGCUGCCUGUGGAUGCCUCAUCAGUUUCUAACAACUAUAUCCAGACUUUGGGUCGUGACUUCCGCAAAAAUGGCAAUGCGGGACCUGGUCCCUAUGUGGGGCAAGCAGGCACUGCCACCCUUCCGAGGAACUUCCACUACCCUCCAGAUGGAUACAGCCGUCACUAUGAAGAUGGUUAUCCAGGUGGCAGUGACAACUAUGGCAGUCUGUCCCGCGUGACCCGCAUUGAGGAGCGGUAUAGGCCUAGCAUGGAAGGCUACCGGGCACCCAGUAGACAGGAUGUCUACGGGCCCCAGCCUCAAGUUCGGGUAGGUGGGAGCAGCGUGGAUCUGCAUCGCUUUCAUCCAGAGCCUUAUGGGCUAGAGGAUGACCAGCGUAGCAUGGGCUAUGAUGACCUGGAUUAUGGCAUGAUGUCUGAUUAUGGGACUGCUCGUCGGACUGGAACGCCCUCUGAUGCUCGCCGACGCCUCAGGAGUUAUGAAGACAUGAUUGGUGAGGAGGUGCCCUCGGAUCAGUACUAUUGGGCUCCUUUGGCCCAGCACGAGCGGGGAAGUUUAGCAAGCUUGGAUAGCCUGCGCAAGGGAGGCCCCCCACCUCCUAAUUGGAGACAGCCAGAGCUUCCAGAGGUGAUCGCCAUGUUAGGAUUCCGCUUGGAUGCGGUUAAGUCCAAUGCAGCUGCAUACCUGCAACACUUAUGCUACCGCAAUGACAAGGUGAAAACCGAUGUUCGGAAGCUCAAGGGUAUCCCAGUACUGGUGGGAUUGUUAGACCACCCUAAAAAGGAAGUGCACCUUGGAGCCUGUGGAGCUCUCAAGAAUAUCUCUUUUGGGCGUGACCAGGAUAACAAGAUUGCCAUAAAAAACUGUGAUGGUGUUCCUGCCCUUGUGCGAUUGCUCCGAAAGGCUCGUGAUAUGGACCUUACUGAAGUCAUUACUGGAACCCUGUGGAAUCUCUCAUCCCAUGACUCAAUCAAAAUGGAGAUUGUGGACCAUGCACUGCAUGCCUUGACAGAUGAAGUUAUCAUUCCGCAUUCUGGUUGGGAGAGGGAACCUAAUGAAGAUUGUAAGCCACGCCAUAUUGAGUGGGAGUCGGUGCUCACCAACACAGCUGGCUGCCUUAGAAAUGUAAGCUCAGAGAGGAGUGAAGCUCGCCGGAAACUUCGGGAAUGUGAUGGUUUAGUUGAUGCCCUCAUUUUCAUUGUUCAGGCUGAGAUUGGGCAGAAGGAUUCAGACAGCAAGCUUGUGGAAAACUGUGUUUGCCUCCUUCGGAAUUUAUCAUAUCAAGUUCACCGGGAGAUCCCACAGGCAGAGCGUUACCAAGAGGCACCUCCCAGUGUUGCCAACAAUACUGGGCCUCAUGCUGCCAGUUGCUUUGGAGCAAAGAAGGGCAAAGAUGAGUGGUUCUCCAGAGGGAAAAAACUCACAGAGGAUCCAGCAAAUGAUACAGUAGAUUUUCCUAAAAGAACUAGUCCUGCUCGAGGCUAUGAGCUCUUAUUUCAACCAGAGGUGGUUCGGAUAUACAUCUCGCUCCUCAAGGAGAGCAAGACUCCUGCCAUCCUAGAAGCCUCAGCUGGAGCUAUCCAGAACUUGUGUGCUGGGCGCUGGACAUACGGUCGAUACAUUCGUUCUGCUCUGCGUCAAGAGAAGGCUCUUUCUGCCAUAGCUGACCUCCUGACCAGUGAACAUGAGCGGGUAGUGAAAGCUGCAUCUGGAGCACUGAGAAAUCUGGCUGUGGAUGCUCGCAACAAAGAAUUAAUUGGUAAACAUGCUAUUCCUAACUUGGUAAAGAAUCUGCCAGGAGGGCAGCAGAACUCCUCUUGGAAUUUCUCUGAGGACACUGUGGUCUCUAUUUUGAACACCAUCAAUGAGGUUAUUGCUGAGAAUUUGGAGGCUGCCAAAAAGCUUCGAGAGACGCAGGGUAUUGAGAAGCUGGUGUUGAUCAACAAAUCAGGGAACCGCUCAGAAAAAGAAGUUCGAGCAGCAGCACUUGUGUUACAGACAAUCUGGGGAUAUAAGGAACUGCGGAAACCACUGGAGAAAGAAGGAUGGAAAAAAUCAGAUUUUCAGGUGAAUCUAAACAAUGCUUCUCGAAGCCAGAGCAGUCAUUCAUAUGAUGAUAGCACUCUCCCUCUUAUUGACCGGAACCAAAAAUCAGAUAAGAAACCUGAUCGGGAAGAAAUUCAGAUGAGCAAUAUGGGAUCAAACACAAAAUCACUAGAUAACAACUAUUCCACACUGAAUGAGAGAGGGGACCACAGUAGAACACUGGAUCGAUCUGGGGAUCUAGGCGAUAUGGAGCCAUUGAAGGGAACACCCUUGAUGCAGAAGAUUUAACACCGCUAUCUCCGCUCCGUGUGGGCUUAUAAUAUAUGUACUUUUAUUUUUUGGUGGUGAAAUGGACUGAUGAUUUUUCUCUUUCUUCGCUGGACUAUUGUGCCAACUGCCAGGCUGCCUCCUGCCCGUAUAGCCCUAAGUGGCUGCCUUCUUUCCAUCCGUUCCCAACUUCUUCCAGUGAAGUUUAAUUAGCCUACCCCUCCCUUCCAACCCAUUCCCUCCGAUUUCUCUCAAGAAGCCUGACUCAGUUAUUUGCAUAUCUUGAGAAACUGCUGCAGAUCAGCUCUUUUUGCCAGCUCUGCCUGGAACUCUUGUCCUUGAGUGGAGGAAGGGAGAGAGUGGGACUCUUCACUGGAAGCUGUGGGAAGAAUUGGAAGUUACAUGCUGUAUAUGCAGUGUCCAGCAAUCUGAUAAACUGAUGAUUCUUGAUCAAGAUUUUUUUCCUGAUGGGGAAGGGACUUUUUAUUUUUUUUGGAGAAGGGAAAGUGUGAGCUUUUCCCUUAUUCCUAAUGGCUAUUUUUGAAGCAAGGAAGGUGGCAACAUUGGCACAUUCCACCUGGCAAGGGCCCUUGAGUAAGUGAAGGUCUCCUAGAACUGUGAUUAAGAAGCCUUGCCCUCCUCAUCUCCGAGGCAGGGACCAUCAAGGACCUACAGAAUCCAUCUCUUCUACAAGCCUCAUGCCAACCUUGGGCUGCUGCCACUGCCCUUUAUUGAGGCUGUCCUUAACCCUCCUCUCCCACCCUGUGAUAUGUCUGCUGACUUGGCUUGGCCAUUUGUGAGAGGCUGUAGAAAGAGGAGAAUGUCAAGGAAGACCUUUUGGUUGAGAAGGUGCAGAAAGACGUCUUUUGGGAAGAAGAGGAACCUCUAGGAAGAACUAGUAGGAAUGUACAUGAAGUGGUUAGUCUAAAACUGGCAGGAAGCUUCAAAGCUGGCUUCCCCCCUGCCCUGUUUUUCCUUUUUUUUACCCUUAUAAGUCUGUCCUCACCUACCUUUGCCCUGGAUUGGGUGGCCAAUGAAAGGACUUGAUGUACAUAACUCCUAUCCCCUUUACCCUUGUAAGGUGGGGAUUACCCCUGGCGUUGCCUCUUCUUUGUGCCUUUGGCCUGGGGUGCAUCUCCUUCUUCCCUUCCAUGUGCCUUUCUUUGCCCCUGCAGUCUCAUUUCUCAUGAUUUUGCAAAUUAUAUUUUGUUGCUUUCUUACCCACUAUUGGCCCUAAAUAGCAGAAAGGAGGAGAGGUGACCUAGAGAACCUCAGAUUCUCCACUGGGGAUUGGUGUAGCUCCUGCUUUUAACCACAGCAAGCCUUUGCUCAACAGCAUGAGGUUGGUGGGAGGAGUGAGUGGUGUGACUCUUACUCCUUAGUUGCCCAGAAUUUACCAUUAUCUCUGAAGGGGUUAUAGGGAUGUCCUCUCUCCCUAAUUCUCUCCCUCCUCGACAGAACUGUCUCUCCUCAUUUUAGUGUAUGUUAGCAGGUUGGGCUAGAGGAAUCAGCUGCUAUGUGGGUUAAUUAUUAUUAUUAUUUUUAACCCUUUUCCUUAUUUACCUUCUACUCCCCUUAAUCUAAAAGCUCUGUUCAAUGCAACUGGAAUUCUUUAUCCCUCUCUUCCCCUUCCCUUAUAUAUUGAGGCUAUGGGGUAGGAGAAAAGUGCACAACCCACCACCCCCAUUCCCCAUGCAUUAAAAUUCCUUAUUUGCCUUUUUCCCCUCUCCCAUUUCUUCCCACUCCCAUUUCUUCCCACUCGCAUUCACCUUUUCUGGCAAAAAGGAGCCUUUUGCUCUCUAUGACCCUAAGAGCACACUGCACAGGGGAAAUUGUCCCCAUCCAGACCUGGCUCCACUCUUGGUUCUCUUGUCCUCCUCUGCUCUUUUCCUGGUGCUCUUUUUUCUUGGUGGGGUGUGGGUAAUAGAACAGCCAUGGGCUUUUGGGGACCUUUAACUUUUUUUUUUUUCUCUUUCAUUUAUAAAAACACUAAACAUUCAAUUCCAGAGAACCAAAAAUCCCACCUUCCCACCGAACACUACUAAGGGGCAUGUCUUCUGCUCCAUAUCUUUUCUCUUUUACUUUCUCUCUUGUUAAUGCUUUUAAAAACAAAUGAGUUUUUUAUAUAAAUAAAGUUUUUAAAGUGUGUAUGUGGGGGGUCUGUGUCAUUUCUUCAGUUCAAGCUAUAUUUCUUCCCUCCUUUUCAUCUUGGUUACUUCUUUAUGUAUCAAUGUCCUUUCUUUUCAGAGCAACCAGAAAGAGGUUAUACUGGGAUGGAUUCAUUUUGAGCUCAGCCUCAACUCUUCUCAAGCAACAUUCUUUUUAAUUAUAGGCGAAACAUUUUUUCCUUUGAAGAUUCUUAAAAAUUAAAUAUAAUUAAAUUGGCUGAGGUAGAGCUUUGGGAGCUUAUUGCUAACUUACUUAGAGAUAGGAAACUGAAGUGUAAAGAAUUAAUGACUUCCUUAGUCACUGGGAUUCUUUUGCAACUUUUGACAAAACUAACAUUGAAUAAAGCCCACUGCAAUACAUGGCCCUCUUGAACAUAGCACCUAUGAGUAGAAGAUCAGAAGCUAUGAUCCCCAAUUGCCAUCCUAAUAGAUAUGAAAAUAUAGAAUUAAAAGGCCCAUGUAGAUGCGUACUGAUCACUGGGCCAUAAUGUUCCUCAGGCUGUACGCAAUCAUUUAAUUAUAAGAUAAUAGGCAGGCCUAUUUAUUUGACAGGCGUAUUAUUUGGUAGGACACAAAGGAUGUCCUACCACGUAAUAUGUGAGUGGGUAGCAAGUACUUGCUGGAUUACCAGGGAUUGACUUUACUACAGAGGCCAAGGAUUAAGACCUAUGGAAAAUACUUAUUUUUCUGGGGCCCUUAUGUCCUGUCAUGUAAUUAAAAGACUUAAGAGAAUUUAUAUAAAAUGCAUUCUGUAUGCCCAAAUCUUUAGAUUAAAAUUACAUAGCUGCUCCUGA